CUAUGCGCAUUGCACACCCCACAUCCGCCGGUGAGGCUCCGGUGACCUCCAUGGACGUUGACGAGUCACAGACGAGUCUAUACAUGAGAGCUCUGGUCGAUCGGUGCCAGAGUCUGGAGGCGAGUCACUCGAGGCUGAAAGAGCAGUUGGACGAGCUGGUGCAAGAGAUCAAGAAGAACAAGGAGGAGAGAGAGAUGGAGGUGGGGAUCGAGGAAGUUGGUUUAGACUCCUGGUGUGGUGGUUUUCCGGGGUUCUUCGUUGAUGGGAGUCCGUAUAGGAGGGCUUUGGAGUGUAUGGGCCACGCUGUUCACGUUUGCAGAGCUUCUUCCGGGGAGAUCCUAUACUGGAAUCAUUCAGCCAAAAGGCUCUAUGGAUGGAAAGAAUAUGAAGUCCUUGGACAAGAAGUUGCCGAAGUCCUGGUUGAUGAAGAAUACUGCGAACCUCUUCAGAAAAUCAUGGACAGCUUGAGCAGUACUGGGCAAUCAUGGUCAGGUCAGUUUCCAUAUAAGAAGAGGUCCGGUGAAAAAUUUAUGGCGAUAGUGACAAAAAGCCCCUUGUAUGAGGAUGGUGAGCUUGCUGGUUUUAUCACUGUUUCAAGUGAUGCUGCAUUAUUUAACAGUACUAUAGGUUCCGAGAACCUGAGAACACGUGAUCAGGAUCGUGCCGGCCAAGAUCGUCAUCAACCGGCCAGAGUACUGCGGGGGUUAAACUUGAAAGGGAUUCAGUGGUACCCACGUCCACCAAUUAAUUCUCCAGUGCCACAGAUUGCAUGCGCAGCAAAGGUCUUGGCAAAGCUGCGCAUUAAGGGAACUGGGAAACGUGGAGAAGAAGAUGAUGGAGUUAUUCAAGAAAAUGAUGCGACAGAUUCGAAGGAAACAGCCUCAUGCCACUACAUGAGUACUAUGGGUACAGAGGGAACAUAUUCUAAUGUAUACUAUAAUGGGCAUAGAACGUCUCACAAUGAAUUUGAAGAUCAGACUUCUCUUCAUGUAGCCGCUUUAGGGGAGUGUACUGAGUGUUUUAGAUUACCGAGACCUGGAGAUCCAUUGCCAAGAAUAGGAUGCCAAGUCGACGCGAAGGAAAUGGAACUCCAAGUUUCAAACUUGAAAGCUUCGGAGAUAGAAGAUGAAAUGCAAGAACAAAAAGAUGAUAAACGGCUCCCAAGCUCAGCGGAGACGAUGGGCAGCAAUGGAAGCUCAUCAAGCAAAGGGGAGAAUGAGUCGAACUCUUUAGUAGAUUGUGAGAUUCGCUGGGAAGACCUACACUUCGGGGACGAGAUUGGGCAAGGUUCCUAUGCCAUUGUUUAUCGUGGAAUUUGGAAUGGAUCGGAUGUUGCCAUUAAGGUUUACCUGGGAAAUGAAUAUAGCGAGCUAGGGACUUUAGAGGACUACAAGAAAGAGAUUGAUAUAAUGAAGAGACUAAGACAUCCAAAUGUACUGCUGUUCAUGGGAGCAGUAUAUACACAGGAGCGGCGAAUUGUCACAGAGUUCCUACCCAGAGGAAGCCUUUUCAGAACUCUUCACAAGAACAAUCAGGCAUUAGACAUAAGACGGCAUCUGAGGAUGGCUCUUGAUGUUGCAAGAGGAAUGAAUUAUUUGCACCACAGACAUCCACCAAUUGUACAUAGAGACCUAAAAUCUUCUAACCUGCUUGUUGAUAAAAACUGGACUGUCAAGGUUGGAGACUUUGGCCUUUCAAGGUUAAAGAACUCGACAUUUCUAACAGCAAGGUCUGGGAGAGGAACACCUCAGUGGAUGGCCCCAGAAGUCCUUCGAAAUGAACCUUCAAACGAAAAAUCUGAUGUUUUCAGUUUUGGUGUCAUCCUGUGGGGACUAAUGACAGAAUCCAUUCCAUGGAACAAUCUAAAUUCCUUACAGGUUGUUGGAGUUGUAGGAUUCAUGGAUAGAAGAUUGGAUCUACCACAAGGCCUUGAUCCCCAGAUAGCAUACAUCAUCCAAGACUGUUGGCAAAGUGAUCCAGAACAGCGUCCAUCGUUUCGAGAUGUAAUCCAGAGAAUGACGGCCCUAAUCCCGAGUACUGCUGCAGUUUCAACCCGUAGGAGCAGUACUACAGAAACUUAA